CUUCAAACAUAUCACAAAAAACUUAGCGCACAAAACAAACACCUACAAACAUUUAAUUUAAAACUCCAAUCCAAAAUCAACAAGACAAAAGGACAAAUAAGCAAACUUACAACCUUGCGAAAACAAAUAAAGAAGCUCGAAUUUCGAAUGAUUAAGCUUUCCAUACAAAUGAAAACACUCGAAGCACAAUAAGCGAAAACACAAAACAUGUUAAAAACUCUUGAAAAACAAUUGACAACGCUUUCAAAAGAUUAUACAAAACUCACAGGAAUAGAACAAAACGGAACAAAAAUUUCAAAUAAAUCAAAGAAAACACAAGGAAAGGACUGUGCAGAUCUUUACAAAAAAGGUGAAAAAGAGAACGAAGUUUAUCAAAUUAAUCCAGAUGGUCAGGGUUACUUUAAGGUUUUCUGUGAUAUGAAAACAUCUGGUGGAGGUUGGACUGUUUUUCAAAGACGUCAAGAUGGAAGUGUAAAGUUCUAUCGAGGUUGGAAAGACUAUAAACAAGGAUUUGGCAAUCUUACUUCUGAAUGCUGGCUUGCAUUAGAUAAAAUAUACCGACUAACAUCAGCAAAGCGAAACAAACUUCGUCUUGAUCUUGGAGAAACGUCAGGAAAUAAAAGAUAUGCUGAAUAUGAUUAUUUUGCUGUAGAGAAUGAAAAUAAAAAAUAUCAAUUGAGACUUGGAAAAUAUUCUAUUAGGUCAUUAGGAACUGCUGGUAAUUCAUUAUCCGCCCAUAAAAACAAGUCGUUUACGACAAUCGAUUCAGAUAAUGAUACAGAUGGCGGAGGAAACUGCGCUGUAAAUGCUAAAGGUGCUUGGUGGUAUUAUUAUUGUUAUGAUUCCAACCUAAAUGGGUAUUAUUAUCAAGGCAAUUAA